AUGACGACCGUCGACAGCCGGAACUUCAUCCUGAAUGGCGGGUACCUCCAGAAAGGGCCUGAGAGGAACCUUCGUCCAGAGGAUCUGGGGAAGAAGACGUUGAAUUUGGCACCGUCACGGUGGUACCGCGAUGAGAAGAUCUUCCAGCUCGAGAGGCGGGGACUAUUUUCAACGCUCUGGCAUGUCGCCUCGUUCAUUGCUCGCUUCCAGAAAGCGGGCGACUACCUGACACUUGAGAUGUUCGGCUGGAACUUCAUCCUCAUUCGCGACAAGGAGGGCAACAUCAAUGCAUUUCAUAACAUCUGUCGCCAUCGAGGACACCCCGUGACCCAGAAAGCCAGUGGCUCGAGCACCGUGCUGGCUUGUCGGUUCCAUGGAUGGUCCUACCUCGCCAACGGCGACCUGCACACGGCGCGUGCGUACAAUCAGCUGCCGGACUUUGAUCCGAAGCAGCAUGGCUUAUUCAAGAUCCAUACGCAUGUCACGGCGCAGGGGUUUAUAUUCGUGAACUUUGACGCCAGGGAAACGCCGGCAGUGAGCUUUGAACAGCAGUUUGGGGAGGAUUUUGAGCCAAUGCCCAAGUCCGCCCAGGGGAAGGAAGUCGGCAAUGAGUUCGAGUUGUUCCCAAACGCGGGCUGGGACUAUGAUCAUACCUGGAACAGCUCGGUGGGUGGAACGGAGUUCAACUGGAAGACAUUUGUGGAUGGGUUUCAAGAGUGCUAUCAUUGUCAAACAGGCCACCCGACGACAUUGCCCAAAGAUUUCUCCCUAGACCAGUAUUACUUACGGCAGGGCACUGGAGCGUCCCGUCAUUUCCUGCCGCCCAAGAAGGAGGGUUUGUCGGAGGCCUACAUAAGUAUGUGCGCUUGGCUGUACCCACUCGGAGUGGUUACCUUUAGCGACAAUCUGCUGUUCAUUGGCCGGUUCGAUGCGAAAGGCGCCCUCAACACCUCGUAUGACAGCGAGACCUACCGGAGGUCGAGCAUGAAGAAACCCAGUCCGGACUACGACCGUUGGAUGGAGCAUGACAUUGCUUACUGGCGCUUUGUUGAGACCGAGGAUGUCGAACUGGCUGUCAACGCGCAGAAGGGAUUCAAGUCCGGUGUCCUUGGAUUAGGAAGGCUGCACUCCAUUGAAGAGCAUGCCGUCAAAUGGUACCUUGAUAAGGUGAAGACUGUACUAGUCCGGCAUGCCGAGUCCGAGAAAGGCCAAGGCAGGAAUAUCGAUUAUGCAAUCCCCCAAGCGCAGAGCGACGCGGCGCAGGAGGACGAGCUGUGCAAGCUGGUUGGACCGGAGUACGACUGGUAG